CCAUCCCGCGCCAUUCCUGGUCCCUCUCCUGGUGAACCGGAUACGCUGUCUGUCUCCUCCUCCGCGUCCUUUACCUCCACCCAGCUCCCUGGAGAAGCCGCUGCUACCCCAAGGCCUUGGCCAAGAGAGGCUGCUGGCGACUGGCCCGGCGGGCGCGGGCACGGUAGGAGCUGGGCGCGCACGGCUACCGCGCGUGGAGGAGACACAGCCCUGCGGCCAUGAGUGCCAGGGCCGCUCCUUCACGCCGGAGACAGGCGGGCCGCAGGUUGCGCUACCUGCCUACUGGUAGCUUUCCCUUCCUCCUCUUGCUGCUGCUGCUCUGCAUCCAGCUCGGGGGCGGACAGAAGAAAAAGGAGAACCUUUUGGCUGAAAAGGUGGAGCAGCUGAUGGAAUGGAGUUCCAGGCGCUCGAUCUUCCGAAUGAAUGGCGACAAGUUCCGAAAGUUUGUAAAAGCCCCACCGCGGAACUACUCCAUGAUCGUCAUGUUCACUGCUCUGCAGCCUCAGAGGCAGUGCUCUGUGUGCAGGCAGGCUAACGAAGAAUAUCAAAUCCUGGCUAAUUCCUGGCGUUAUUCAUCUGCUUUUUGCAACAAACUGUUUUUUGGAAUGGUGGACUAUGAUGAAGGGACAGAUGUUUUUCAGCAGCUCAACAUGAACUCUGCUCCCACAUUCAUGCAUUUUCCUUCGAAAGGCAGACCCAAGAGAGCUGAUACCUUUGACCUUCAACGAAUUGGAUUUGCAGCUGAACAGCUAGCAAAAUGGAUUGCCGACAGGACGGAUGUUCAUAUUCGAGUUUUCCGGCCACCCAACUACUCAGGCACCAUUGCUUUGGCCCUCUUAGUGUCGCUGGUUGGUGGCUUGCUUUAUUUAAGGAGGAACAACUUGGAGUUCAUCUAUAACAAGACUGGUUGGGCCAUGGUAUCUCUGUGUAUAGUCUUUGCUAUGACGUCUGGCCAGAUGUGGAACCAUAUCCGUGGACCUCCAUAUGCUCAUAAGAACCCACACAAUGGACAAGUGAGCUACAUUCAUGGCAGCAGCCAGGCGCAGUUUGUGGCAGAGUCGCACAUCAUUCUAGUACUGAAUGCUGCUAUCACCAUGGGGAUGGUUCUUCUAAAUGAAGCAGCAACUUCCAAAGGGGAUGUCGGGAAAAGACGGAUCAUUUGCCUCGUGGGAUUGGGCCUGGUGGUCUUCUUCUUCAGUUUUCUACUUUCAAUAUUUCGUUCAAAGUACCAUGGCUAUCCAUAUAGUGAUCUGGACAUUGAGUGAGAAGAUGUGAUUGGGACCAAGCACUUAAAACUCUGUACCCUCAGCUUUUUAAUUAAAUGAAGCCACCUCGGACUAUCAUAAAGUGAGUGUGCACUGUGAAGAGAAGCUGUUCCUGACACUAUAUUAUUUGGAAUUCUUGAGGUUCACUCCUUGUUGGUUGUGAUACAUUAGCUUAUUCUUGUAUAAUUUUUUUAAACUGUGGAUUUUCCUAAAACAUUUAAUUUAUAGAAAUGGAUGUGUAACAUUCCGUAAUCCGCAAUGGACUAUCAAACUGUUUUUAAAUAUUCUCAAUGUAUGCUACAGGAGUGAAAUAAAUGACAUUGUAACUAUGAAUCCAUGCUUUAGAACUGUGUGUCGUCUAAGUAAGGAUACCCCAUGUUAGUAAGGAGAUCCAUGGACUGAAUGUAAAAGACUUGCUAGUACUGUACAGAGUCAGAGCAUAUGCAUGAACCAUGUCGUGUGGAUAGUAAUUCUUACUUCAGUCUCACUUAUAAAGGAUGUACACUGUUA